AUAUUGGAAAUUGAAAGACCUUAGAGCAUUUUCAAGGUUUUGCAGAACAAUUUCCUUUUAAGAUUCAUUUUCUAUGACAGGAAUUCAUUCAUUUUUAAGUUAAUUCUACUUCUACAACAACUACUGUCUUCGUAUACAAGUGUUAAUUUGUACGGUAAACAAUGGCCAAAGAUUUAUUCGCAGUCCUACGACAAAAUAACGAACUACCAAAUCUCCCAUCAUCAGAAGAAGCCGUCGUAGUAGAUGGUGGUUCUCAAAUGGAUCUUUUCUUUAGUGAAGUUGAAUGGAUUCGAAGAGAAAUUGAAAAGACUCGCAUAGAAAUAAGUCAAGUUAAAACAAAACAUGGUGAAAUUUUGUCAGCACUUCAACAAAAUCCAAAAACAAAAACACAACUAGAAGAAUUAAAUGAGAGUAUUACACGUUCAGCUAAAGAAAUUCGACUUAAGCUAAAAUCAUUGGAACAAACAAUCAGAGAACAAGAAGCUAAAGAUGCUACAUCCGCUGAUUUACGUAUUCGUAAAACUCAGUUUCUCACUUUGUCUAAAACUAUCACAACUAUUAUGCAUCAAUAUGGUCGUAUACAGAUUGAGCAUAAAGAACGUUGUAAAGCUUUGUUGAAACGUCAAUUAGAAGUUGCUCAACGGUCAGUUACAGAUAAUGAACUGGAAAAUAUGCUUGAAUCUGGAAAUCCACAGAUUUUUACUCAAGGAAUUAUAACAGAUACUCAACAAGCUCGUCAAAAUCUAGCCGAUAUUGAAGCACGUCAUGAAGAUAUUAUGAAACUAGAAAAGAGUAUUCGAGAAUUACACGAUUUAUUUAUCGAUAUGGCUUCAUUGAUUGAAACACAAGGUGAACUUGUUGAUCGAAUCGAUGUCAACGUUAAACAAACACAGGAUUACGUUGCUGAGGCUCGACAGGAAACUAAAAAGGCAGUUGUAUACAAGAAAAAAUCUCGGAAAAAAAAAUUCAUCAUCAUUGGAGUUUGUUGUGCCGUUGUGGUAAUUAUAAUCAUCAUUGUUAUAACCACAGUAGUACCUAGAAAGUAAUACUAUAAUCCAUUUCUUUCAAAGUAUACAAAUAAUAAUAAUAAUGAUAAUAUUUUAUCAAUUACAUUGAGUUCAUAUUACAUAAUCCCUUUGUAAUUGGAUAACUUUCUUUUUAAUUGCUCAAUAAAACUUAUGUGUAAUUUUCAUUUAUAUAUAUAUAUAUAUCUGUUUUAUAUUUCUGAAUUGUAUGUUCUUUGUUUUUCUACACACACACACACAUGCACACACAUUUGUGUCUUUGUUUACUUCAUUUGUUAUUCAUAUAGAUUUUGUUCUGUUUUCCUUUUUUCUUUCUAUAAUUCAUAUUCUUACUUAUAUAAUAAAACAUACCCAUCCUGUUUAAUUUAUAAUAACAAUCAGAGGAAAAUCCGGUUCUUUUCUGUGUGCCUGUGUGUGUGUGUGUAAAAUGUUGAACUGGAAAUAAUUAUACACGUAUUUCAUUUCUACCAAAUACAUUUUCUGUUUGUUUGUGGGGGGGGGUGUUUUUGUUUGUUUGUUUGUCUUAAUACUUCACUAUACAUUCCAACUUAUCAAUGAAUACGGAUUUGAAUAAGUGGUGGGUGGGUAGGUCGGUGUUAAUCCGUCUUUUUUUAUAUAAAGGCUAAAUAUCAUUCAUUGCUGAAUUAUGUAACACCCAAUUACAGUUUUCUCUCUUUUUUUUUCUAAAUAAAAAUUAUGAAUUGAAAAUAUUCCCUCUUUCCCCCCCCCUCCGUUUUUUUUAAAAAAAGUUUAAAACAUCCAUUUUUAAGAGAGAAAAACUCUUUUAAACAAUUUCAUUGAUCUAACAAAAUAAUACACUACUUAUUGACUGAUUUUGUUAUCAGUAGUACUAUUCAAUCUGUAAUAAUUAUAUCCAAAAAAAUCUUAUUGAAAUCGAUUUUUUUUGUUUUCUCUCUUCUCUCUUUUAUUCAUAUUCACUAUAUUUUAUAAAUAAAAAAGUAAAAUUGAUUUUGUUAAUUAAUUAACUAUACAAUUGGGUUUGUUAUUAUUAUUUUGUUGUUGUUGUUUUUUUUUUGUUCUCUCUCAGAUGUUAAUUUAAUCUUUCAUUUAUUUAUUUAUUUAUUAAUUUUCAAUCAUUUGUACACCAUAUAUGUGCCUAAAUUGUAUAUGUUGCAUGUAUGUAAUAUGUGGUUAAUUUGAUGCCAAAAAAAAGUGAUAAAAAUCGGUAUGAUUGAAUCUCAAUGAAAAUAUGUCAUGAUAGAAUUGUAUCAUGUAUAGUUCAAUUGAGUUUUGUUGUUGUUGAUUGGGGUUGAAUUUUGUUACUAGGUCAUGUUAUUGAUAAUUGGUGUAUUAUUUAUAAAUGAUGAGAAUAUAUAUAUAUUAAAUUGAUUCAGUGUAUUAUAUCU